GCGAAAUGGUUUGGUAGAUGGUAAAAAUUGCCAUGUGCUGAAAGUGACUCGAACUCUCCUCUUGGAGUCUCACAUUCCUUCCUCUUCUUGGCCCGAAACAGUCGUAACUGUCAUUCUAUUAAUUAAUUAUCAUGGCAUGACAAGGUGUACGUCGAACUAAGUGAGGUGGCUCUCACAACCCUCAUGCAUCGAUUUUGUCAAGGUGCCGAACUUACCUUAAUGCACGUAUGGCUAUUGUGGAGCAAGAUCAAUAAGAACGUGAUAGAUGAGAUCAAGAGAGGGCGGAGCAUUAAAGAGUUGAAAGGGAGCAUGCUAAACAAGUUAGAGCUAAACUGAGCACGAGCCUUACAAGAACGUAUAGAGAGGAACCUUCAGCAACAUCACCCAUUCGUGGGAAGAUCGGCAUAGAGGAGGAGGAGGAGAAGGAGAUGAUGAUAUGAGGGCAUCAAAAUCAAGAUUACAAUCCCUUUCAAGAAAGAAGUAAUCCUCGAUGCUUACCUCGAUUGGGACAGAAAGAUAGAGAUGAUAUUCGAUUGCCACGAAUACACUCAAAGAAGGAAAGUGGCUCUAGUUUUCCUAGAGUUCACUGAUUAUGCUAUAGUCUCUGGUGGGAUCAAUUAUGUGCACAAAAGAGACGAAAUGGAGAAGACCAACGGUCGAGCUGUAGAGAGAUGGAGAGAAUCACGAGGAGUCGAUUUGUGUCAGUCUAUCACCAAAGAGAGAUGCAUCAAGCUCUUCAAAUCCUUUAACAAGGCUGUAACAGCGUGGAAGACUAUUACAAAGAUGCAUAUGCUAAUGAUAUGUGAUGAUAUUAGAGAAGAUUGAGAAGCCACCAUAGCUCGAUUUCUCAAUGGUCUAAAUCGUAAAGUGAAACAUGUAGUGGAAAUUCAACCCUUUGUUGAAUUGCAGGAGCUCGUGCAAAUGUCGAUCAAGGUGGAGAAGCAACACAAGGGUGGCUAUUAAAGACGAGUUGCUUUAUCAACUAGUGGUACAUCUAGUGCCCCACAUUCUUCCUAUGCCAAAAAGGAGGAUCCAAAGCCAAUUAUUAAGCCAAUUUCACAGCUAUCUUCUAGAGUGGAGAAAUCAAUAUCCUCAAACAGCUAUGAAGAGCCAUAAAGUGCUUCAAGUGCUAAGGGAGGGGCAUUUUGCUAGCCAAAGCCCUAACAAAUUUGUCAUGGUUCGAAACAAUGGAGAGUAUGAAUCUGAAGAUGAAGAAGAAGUAGUGGAGGUGGUUGAAGAAGAAGGUCUAGUGGAGAUGUAGUAGCUCGGCUCCAAUACAUGGUGAGUAUUCUUCAGUCACAAGAAAGGUGGUUGAAGAAGGAGUCGAUUCUUCCUCUAUGGAGCAUUUUAUGGUUGUACAGAGAUUGUUAAAGGUGCAACCUAUAGUGAUUAUUCUUUAUUUCAUACACAACGCAUACUGGCCGGAAAUGUGUUUUCUCUAGUAAUUGAUGUUGAAGUUGCACUGACGUGUUUAGUGCCACUAUGAUGGACAAAUUGGAGAUCACAAAAACAAAAAGACACCCCAUUUUUACCAUCUUCAAUGGCUCAACAAUAGUGGGACAUUCACAGUCACAAGAAGAACAUUGCCGAAUUUCGAGAUCGACAAUUACAAAGACAAGGUGCUAUGUGAUGUGGUGUCUGUGGAAACUGCUCACAUACUUCUUGGAGGUCCAUGGAAAUUCGAUCGCAGUGCAAUACAUAAUGGGCGCACCA